ACGUCCUCCUCCUCCUCUUCCUCCACCGCCUCCUCCUCCUGUUUUUUAGAAAAAGCUGAAGGCGCCCACACUCAACGCACCAACGCCAGAACAGUGCUCCUCUCUAAGGGGGGGAAAGUGAGAGAAAUUCCCAGAGGGUUUGCCCGGAGACUGCUGGAAAUUUUCCCCUGGAGUAAAACCUGCCGAGUUAGGAUACGUAGAGGAUAUCAGAGGCUCUCCUGUAACCAUGGGGGACGUGGUUUCCUCUCACCUGGAUGAGGAUAGGCGGGAGAUGAUUACAGCUCGGACCAGAGAAUGGAUGAAAGAGUUCAGCCAAGUGUACGAGCAGCAGUAUGCAGUCGCCCUCUUCAACAGCGUCCGCUUUGAGAUAGAAGGAGGAGGAGGGACGCAGUCUCAGCUGCUUCACAGAAAGGACCCUCUGGCAGGUUGCACCAUCUUCUCAGGGAGUCUGUUUCAGUACCUGGAGGAGAAUCGGAAAUGGAGGAAUCGUUUUGUCUUUGUGCCCAAGGACUACACCAUAAACCUCUAUGAGAGCAAAGCUGCACACGAACGGGGACUGCACCCAAAAUUAACCAUCAACUGCGCCGGGUACAAGGCCCUGACGUCAAUGGAGGAGUACAUGGAGCUGAUUAAUAAAAGUCUGCCAGGUGUCAAGGCCAAAGUGGGCAGUAACCCAUUCAUCAAGUGUGCAACCGGGUUCCCCCUCAUCCUGUGGCACCCAUACGCCCGCCACCACUACUUCUGUGUGAUGACUGAGAAGGAGCAGAAGAAGUGGCACGCUGUGCUGCAGGAUUGCGUCAGAGACAGUAACAAUGGUCUGCCGGAGAACUGCACUGUUAAGACGCCGGCAUUCACCGACGCUGUGAGACUCCACAGACAAGCCCGAGGACAAUACGGGACCUGGGAUAUGAUGUGUGGAACACCACCACAGAUUUUGGCUAAUCUGGUGAUGGAGACCCUUCACCCUGACAUAAGAAACAUGAUCGUCCCUCGCCUGAAGGGGAAGAUGCAGCAGAGGCAGAAGAACUGGAUGCUGAUAUCGGAUGCCGUGUACAAGCAGGUGUUGACUCAGACCACCGGGCAGUACGAAGCUCUGGUUGAAGCCUGCGAGGCCCAGAGAGGCCCACUAGACGCCAGGCUGCGAACCGAUAUGGACCAGAUCAUCACGUCUAAAGAACAUGUCAGCAGCAAGAUCCGAGCUCUAGUGCUGCCAAAAGCAGAGCAGAUCCUGCGGACCAACAUCCAGCCCUACAUCAACUCCAUUUUGGAGGCGCUGAUGGACCCCACUAGCCGAGGUUUUGCCGAGGUCAGGGAUGUUUUCUUCAGGGAGAUGGUGGAGAUAAGCAAGAACUCACUCAACGGAGGGGGCAAAGAAAAAAUGGGAGAGAACAUGGAAAGGCUGUCAAUGCUUGCCUUCCAUCCAGUGAAAAUGCAGAGCUGCUACGAGAAGGUGGAAGAGCUCAACCUGGAGGGACUGCAGCAGAGGUUCGACGUCUCCAGUCCAUCUGUGUUCAUCAGCAGGGCUCAGAUCCUUAUGAGGGAGCAAAUGGACAAUGCAGUGUACACAUUUGAACAGCUGCUUAACCAGUCGUUAGAGGCCCAGGGAGACAGUGACAUGUGCAAGCUCACCCAGAGAUGCCAGGACAGAGUUCUCAAGAAAUAUGACUAUGACAGCAGCACGGUGCGCAAGAAGUUCUUCAGGGAGGCUCUGCUGCAGAUCAUCAUCCCCUACAUGCUGCAGCAGCUCGCGCCAUCCUGCUCACCUGAGCUGCCUCGUUUCAAGGAGCUAAUCUUUGAGGACUUCUCGCGUUUUCUGUUGAUAGAAAAUAUGUUUGAGGAAGUGGUGCUGCAGUCUGUCUCCAAAGACAUAAUGAUGGCUGUAAAGGAGGCAGCUGUGCAGAGGAGGCAUAACCUCUACAGGGACAGCAUCAUUCUGACCAACAGCGACCCCAACCUGCACCUGCUUGGGGAAAACCCCCAGGUGGACUGGGCCACCAAAUUUGGCGGUGAUGAGCCGGAGGGCUCUGUCAGCAGUGCAGAUGAAGGAAGGGGUUUUGGGAGAAGACGCAAGCAGGUGGUGUCAAUGAUACAGCUGGACGGGGUGCCUCUGCCCUAUGAGUCCUGCUUGGAGGUCCCAGGGGUGGAGCUGAUCCCUGAGGAGGAUGCUGAGAGCAAAGAGGAGGAGAAUGAGGAGGACCAGUUGGGAAAAGCAGAGGACCUCAGCCCCAAGUCUCCUGAUAGCGUGAAUGAAAUCAGGGACUUGAUUAAUCCGGUGGUUGAGGUGGCGGUGCCAGUGUCCAAGGAGCAGAGUGAAGUCACCAACAAAACAGAGGCGACCACUGGCAGCAUCAGCGUGGAGGAUGGGGUCAAGGAGGACGUGACUCACGUCACCACUGUGGUGGAGACUGUUCCAAAGGGGUCUCUGGGAGAAAAGACGUCCCCACAAGCAAUCCUCCAGCAGCUGGUAGCGAGCAAGAAGCAGGAAGUUGAUAAGGAGGAAGCAGCCAUCCAGAACGCCAUCGAGGAGCUAGAGAUAGCAGUGCAGGAAGAUGAUGAAAGUGAACAGAUUACAGAGAUCUCUGCAGCCGAAUCAGAUAAUGAGUCCUCCCCACCACUGGUUACAGACUCCAGCUCACGUGAGGACAGCGGCUUCCAGUCACCCACCCGCGAGGGACCAGUUGACAGCGAGCCUCAGCCAAUCACAAAUGGUCUGAAUGGAGAGGAAAAGAUAGUCGACCCUGUAGAAGUGGAGGUUGUUUUAUCAUAAGAAGACAUUCCACGAAUAAACUGGAGAAACCUGCAGAGACGAAUGGCAGCAUGCAUAAAUAUUGAGAAGCUGAAUGAAUAUGGAUUGUAUUUAAGGGGUUAAAAAUGCCUUUUCUUUGUUGCUGUUGAUAUUGCACACUCCAGAACCCAGUCCUCCAGUUUUUUGACACAUAUAUUUGGUGAUUGGUGAGUGUAGACUUUCUUCAUAUUCCGCAUGUGUCAGUAAAGUCAUAUCCAAUCAAAGUUUUGUUUUUUGUAAUAGCAGGAAAUAAUUUGAAUAUCUGUAACAUUAAAUGCUCUUGUAAUUACAACUUACACUUUACUACAGGUAAUCGGAGCCUUGCCUAAUGUUCUUAGCCUCUAUCUGGUCAGCAGGGGGUGCUACAGCAAUACUUUCUUCUUCAUCCUGAUCUGUAUUUAUCUAGUUUUUUUGUAAAAUGUUACUUUACAAGCAUGCAAUUUGUUUACUUUAUGGCCUUUAUGUUUCAAUGCAUUUCAGUACAAACAGGCAGGGAAUGUUAAAUACAUCUACAGUAACUUUAAAACAAAGGAUUUGUUUUUAUUUUUAAACAUUUAAAAAAUAAAGCUUCUUGAAGAACCAUCAACAGCUCUGGAGGAAGCCCGCUUGAUUAUUAGAAGGAAAACGUGGCUUCUAGUGAUUCUAGAUUAUAUCACUUGCAUCAAAUAUUACAUCUUUUAUUUAAAAUCAUCCAUCUAACAUCAUACACACUGCUGUAGUGAUCUCAAGCUGUAAAUUUAGCUUGUGUUUUAUGUGACAACAGAUAAUAGGUUUUAAUUCCAGUCUGUUUGGCAACCCUACAGAUAACCGUUUAUUUUAGGGGGGUAUAAUUUGUUUAUAGUUUCUAUGAGUGGUUUUAUGAAAAUAACUUGUUAAUUUGGUACUAAAGGGGGGAAAUUGAAGCUCUGUAUGUGCACAACAGUAUGAAUGUUGUUGCCUGAUUCUGCCCUGAUCAGACCUGCUAUGUACUAACUGAAAGACUCAAGGUUAGACCUGCGUGCGAUUUACAUUUUAACACCCAAUAACAUUUUUUUUUUUAAUUCAUAAGAGCAACAGAACUUACACAUUGUCAAUCAUUACUUUUCGAAAAAACAACACCUUCUGUCUUUAGACCAUCGAUUCCCUUUGAAAAAAAAAAGGGAAAACAGGGUAGAAGGAGGCAAAAGCAAUUAGAAAAAUGGGUUUUUAACUAUGGUAAGAAAUGAUUAGACAUUGGGUUGAUAGUCCAUGUAUUACAGAGUGUCCACAUUUAGCCGUUUUCUGUGUGUGAGACACUGACCAAGUCGUAUUUUUCCAUUAAAUCCUGAGCAGUUAAUUUAAUAUUAGUGUAACCAUUUUAUCUAGUCAGGACCCAGAUUCAUUAUUUCCAAUGGAGGGCUACCUUGUUUUUAUUUAUUAUAAAACCUGUGUGGAUUAUAACAUUCAGGUGUAAACAGUUUUUUUCCUGUUUGUUGUACUUACGUUUACUUAAAAUAUGUAUCGAAAUGGAUGAAUAAAAAACAAACAAAGCACAACACACUUUAUUGGCUUCCUUCUUUUUCCUCUUUAUUCUUUUUUUCAAAGACAAAAAAAAAAGAAGCCAUCACCAGAAAAAAAAUCUUAUUGAUAUGCAACAGUAAAUAAAGCAGUUGAACAAAUCUGUAUAAGCCUUUAGUGUCAGUGAUUUUUUAAUCAGUUAAAAGAAAAUAUUACCAAAGAUAGGAACUUCUGAAACGUCUCAACUGUCAGCUUCAAGGCACUUUGCUUUUCUGAUUGUGGUUAAACAAUUGCUACAGAACCACAUGACCAUGAAUAAUAACAAACCAAGAUGACCUUUCACAAGGUUUUACAAGCGAGAAUCACAUGUAUCAGUUCCUCAUACGGACUCCAGCGCAAUGCAAUUGUGUCUCAUGACCCGUGACUGUAAAUGUCUGACUUAGCUGCAAGUCAGCUUUAAGCUUUUAGUCCAAAACACUUGACAAUCAAAUAUCAAGUUCCAUCUUGAAUCAUUUGGCAGCAAAUGAAAGAAAAAAAAAAAAAAUGAAAAAGG